CGCUUUCUGAAGCUCUCUCUCUUUUUAUGUCACAAUCGCUGUUUGCAUGUAGACGCAGCCAAUCUCUUCCCUAUGACGCCGGCGAGGCUGGGCUCAGACGGGUUUGAUCAUAAUAUUUAACACACCCACCCAGUAAGAGCACGAUAUUAGUUCGACUGAGAAGUAUAACAGCCACGGGACAAGUGGAAGUGAAAAUCUCUGCACCUGCCAAGCGGUGUAGCCUACUGGCUCUGCUGUUCCUUGAACGGAAAGACGGAGACUGGAGAUUUAUAUUUUUGACAGGAUCUGGCCUAGGCUUGCAUCCAGGUAUCUUCAGCUGACAAAGCAUCACAUGUUUUUUAAAAUCUCGUCGAUUUUUUUUGCGUUGCUUUUCUUUAACGCAUUUUUUUGUGCCUGUUGCUAUUUCCUACAAGGACUGUGGCUACAUUUUUUACAUCUGAAAUUGAAUAAAGACUGUCCCUCGGACUUUUAACAAAAAUGACGAUUGGACAGCAUUGACACGUUGUUAUGCUCAGCAUUGCAUGUUCUGAGGAUGGAACAGUGCUUUCGCAACGCAAUUGUGCUAAAACACGUUUAAAAUUCCCUAAACUAUUCACUGCUAUUACGAUUAGAUAUUGUUUUGUGUCGUAUUCAGAAUAGCCACAGACCUAUUUGCUUUAAGGUGCCUGCUCUCCGCAAUGAGUCGGCAUGUCCAUCUGGCUGAAUAUAAAUAAUUCAGUCUUUUCUAAAAGACCAGCGCUCUGUGCGUAAACAUGGAGUUUCUGAUAUAACACGGAUUAUGUUUGGGAUGACCAGAAAAAAUAUCUAAAUGAUCUACAUUGGGUUUUUGCUCCAUAUUUCACAUGUACUAUACUUUUUUAUAUAUAUCGGUGUUGUGCGCUGCUUUUGUGGUUUAGUGAUAUAACAACAACUACUUAGAAGUGAAUCCUGUACAAAAUGAUCAAGAUGAUACUGUUUCGGAAAUUUCGAGUUUUGAUACUCAUGGUGUUUUUGGUGGUGUGCACCAUGCACAUUAUGAUAGACUUGCUCCCAAAACUAGAGAAGCGAGCGGCGGGACCGGAAACCGGCAAAGGUGGCUGCCAGUGCACUCACAACCCGAGCGAGGAGGCCGGGAGCUGGGGGAAGCAACGCGCUAGGUCGGUGGCGGAACCGGGCUGGCCUAACAAACACACGCUGAGAAUCCUGCAAGAUUUUAGCAACGAGCCGAGCUCAAACCUCACGUCCCAUUCCCUGGAAAAAAUCCCUGCCGCUGGGGAGAGAGCGGAGUCUUUCAAACGAAUGAAACAGUACGACGGGGCAGCGGAUAACCAGAAGCCGCUCAUCAGAGACGCCAGCGGGGGUAAGACCGUUGCUGCGCCCGGUAUCUUCCGGCUGCCGUCUCUGUUCGAGCAUCCUUUAUACAAGACGGACCUGCCGACCCUCACAGACGACGACACCUUGUUCAACGUCAAUACUGACAUCAGGUUAUAUCCGAAAGCAGCGGGGAAUCAAGAAUGGCACAAUGAAGCUAACGUGGAAGAGGAGGAGUACCCCCCCACAGGGGAGGUGACAGCCGAGUCCUACCCCAACUGGCUUCGCUUCCACAUCGGUAUCAACCGCUACGAACUCUACUCCAGACACAACCCUGUCCUGGACUCCCUGCUCAAGGAUCUGGUCACCCAGAGGAUCACCAGUGUGGUCAUGAAGUCAGGAGGAACUCAACUGAAGCUCAUCAUGACCUUCCAUAACUACGGACAGGCGCUGUUCAAGCCCAUGAAGCAGACCAGGGAACAGGAGACACCCCCGGACUUCUUCUACUUCUCUGAUCUGGAGAGACACAACGCUGAGAUCGCUGCCUUUCAUCUGGACAGGAUCCUAGACUUCCGGAGAGUGCCCCCGGUGGCGGGAAGACUGGUCAACAUGACCAGGGAGAUACGGGAUGUGACCAGGGACAAAAAGCUCUGGAGGACUUUCUUCAUCUCCCCAGCCAAUAACAUUUGUUUCUACGGUGAGUGCUCCUACUACUGCUCUACUGAGCAUGCUCUGUGUGGGAAGCCAGACCAGAUCGAGGGUUCUCUGGCUGCCUUCCUGCCAGACCUGGCCCUGGCCAAACGCAAGACCUGGAGGAACCCUUGGAGACGAUCCUACCACAAACGCAAGAAAGCAGAGUGGGAGGUGGACCCAGACUACUGUGACGAGGUGAAGCAGACUCCUCCCUAUGACCGUGGUUCUCGUCUGCUGGACAUCAUGGACAUGACCAUCUUUGACUUCCUCAUGGGUAACAUGGACCGGCACCAUUACGAGACUUUUGACAAGUUUGGAAACGAGACCUUCAUCAUCCAUCUGGACAAUGGAAGAGGGUUUGGGAAACACUCCCAUGAUGAGCUCUCCAUCCUGGUGCCUCUGAGCCAAUGCUGCAGAGUGAGGAAGUCGACUCACUUGCGUCUGCAGCUGCUCGCCAAGGAGGAGUACCAGCUGAGCCGUCUGAUGGAGGAGUCCCUGCUGCGUGACCGCCUCCACCCCGUCCUCAUCCAGCCCCACCUGGAGGCCAUGGACCGGAGGCUGCGCCUGGUGCUCCAGGUCCUGGCUGUCUGCGUGGAGAAGGAGGGCUACAGUAACGUGGUGGAGGUGGACGACCACCACCGGGCCAGAGAAGCCAGAGGGGGCAGGGACACAGCCACCCACAGGAACCCAGGGCACAGGUAGUGAGGCCUGGCUAGGAAGA